CCCCUCCCCGCCUUCCCACUCCAGCGCGGCGCCGAUGGCCAUCCGUGCGCGGGUCGCGUGGCUCAUGGAGCAGGCGGCGGCUGAGCGGCCUGUGAAGGUGCGGAUCAGCAUGAUCGCUGCUGGCCUCCGCCUCCACAUUGCGGUGAUGCCGAUUUUUGAACCAGCGAGCCUUUGGGACGAGCUCGCGCAGGCACUGCUGCAGCAGGUGCUUGCCAUUGAGGCGCAGUACGCCGUCGUUGGCCAUGGCCAUCACCACUAUGGCGCCCUGGCGGGCGCUCGGGCGCCUCCUUCGUGCUGCGGCCUCGAUGUCUUGAGCCUUAUGACGCUGCGGAGGGAUACGGUGGCGGAAACGACAACGACGUCGAUGACGGCGAUAAGGACCCAGAAGAUUAAUGACCCUCGUCGACAUGAUAUUGGCUGUUCUGGUGAUGAUCCGGGCGUUUAUCUGUUAUAGUCGCCAGCUGCGCCCAGCUUCUGGCGAGGAUACCGUCUCCCCGCCCCGCAAAGCAUCUCGCACGCGGGUGUUGUUGCCAUCGUUGUCUCGCUCGACGGCCUGCUCUCGGGUAGGGCAGUCUUCUGCCUCGUCGUACGGCGCUUUGGCGUGCGCGGGCCCUUCGAGGACCGAGCUGUCCGACGUCUCUGGCGGCACCCAGUGCGUAAGCGCGCAGACAUCAGGAAACCAUCUCCCCGGUUGCCGGUGUGGCCGUGCUGUGCAAUGCCGCGGGCCAGGUGGCGACCGUCGCCAUGGAGCAGAUGAUACCCCGGAGAUCCGACGUCGUGAUUUUUUCAAUACGGGGUCCCCGGAGGUCUCGUCCCAUUCUGCGGGA